AUGGGAAAGUACUUCUCCAAAAAAUUAUGUUGUAAUUGGUCCCAUGUUGAGACAGAAUUAGCAGGUAAGAAGUUCAACCAAGGUUUGGCUUUGUCCUUCAGUGAAAAUAGGAACAGUUGCAACAUUAAGGCCCCAUUGGGUGAGCAAUGUGCAUCACAAUCAUAUGGUGUGAAGGUCCUAGGUUCUAUUGAAACAUCUGUAGUUGGUUUAAGCCAUCUUUUUCGCACUUCAGCAGAUACAAAUGGGUCACAGCUAAAGAAACUUGCUUCUUUCCUUGGAAAGUGUUAUGAAAAUGCAAAUGGGAUGCUGGAGAUUGUUUUAAGAAGAAACACAAAUAUACCAGCUGAUGCAAAUGCUGUGAGCAUUCUUAUUCCUAAUCCAGAAGAGUUCUCUAAGGGAGAUUGCGUUCAACUUGGGUUUCUACCAAGAAAUGUUGCAAAGUGGGUUGCUCCUUUAUCAGAUAGUGGCUUAUUUAGGUUUUCUGGAUAUGUUUAUCCAAAAGAAGUCCUUGUGACUGCUUUAGAAGGAAGCACCGGCUUAGUACAAAUGAUACUGUAUGUGUCACAGUUACUGGUGAUAUGA